AGGGUUAACAAUUUUCAUCAGAGUCUGCAAAUUAUCACAAGGAAAUAUGAGGGGAAAUUACAAAAGUAGAAACAGAAACCAACAUCUCUCCAGUUAAAAGGGGAGAGAGGAGCACAGUCUGAGGAACACAAAAUCUAAAUUCCAUUGGACAUUGCUCUGAAGACACCUUCAAAAUUGAGAUUUUCAGGCUGAGAGUCUGAUUGUAAAAAUCAGCAAAACUAGAACAGGAGAAAGAGGAUUCAAUCAGCUGAUUGCAGGCUAUUGAACCAGGAGAGGAAUAGCAAUCUGCAGAGGCUGGACAUGGGGACAGGGAGGCUGCCGUUCUUCCUGCUGUUACCGCUGCUGGUUCCUGGGGCAGUGCAAGGGGAGGUGAUCCAGGAUUUCAGCCAAUGCGCCUGGUUCUUUCAGGGAAAGGUGCCACCACAGGGUUUCGACACUCAGAACCGCGUCAAAAUCUGCCAGAGGUACAAGAACCAUUACCACUUUGUAACCUUGUACCGCACCGAGCUGAGAAACCCCGUCUACUCGGCGUACAGGUAUCCCUGCACCAUGGGGGUUACGAAGGAAAAGAGACCCAGGCCAUGGUUUUAUGAGCCACAGAUCGAUGAUCCACAUGCCUCAUCUGAAAUGACCAGCAGCAACAAUACCUCCAGUGACUAUCAGGCGGUGGAUGCAGAUUACCGUGGCUCAGGGUAUGAUCGAGGUCAUCUAUAUCCCUAUUCUUUUAAUAGGAAUGACAGUGCUACAGCCACCUGCACCCUCACCAAUGCAGUCCCACAGGACCACAAAGCCAACGUGAACUGGGCGAAGGAGGCAGAAGAUUUUGUCCUCAAGUUGGCAAAGAUUUGCCACAAAUCCGGCCGCUCAGCCUACUUGGUGACGGGCUCAGCCAAUUCCACCACCAUCAAAAUGAAGAACAAGGUGAUGGUGCCUGGGGUAGCCUGGACUGCCCUUUGCUGCACUUCCUCACCAAGCCCAAAUACUGACCCCUGUCUAAACAACCACGUGUGGUCAGAGGGACAGGAUGUACCGAGGUACGAUAAAGACUUCUCCGCUGCUUUUAAGAAAAGGAUGUUGCCAGAACAGCCAGCAGUCAGACUGACAGUGAGGGAGCUGCAAAAGGAGCUGAGAGUGGGCAAGAUAUUUGAGGAUUGUAGAGGGACAAGUGCAGAUGAUGAGGUGGAGACCUUCAAAGAUGUGACCCUCCUGAUUGAAGCAGUAAUGUCUGCAGCAAAUGGAGUAGACUCAGUCAAGAGAUGGUCAUGGGAAUUUGCAGUAAUGUGUUGUCUCCUUUCGGAGAUUGGGUUGAAGUGGGUGUAAUGGCUGAAGUUGGCAAAUUUGCUGAAACUUCCCAUGCUAAUGAUUUGUUGGUCUGUUAGUCUCAGUAUCAAUUAUGUUGUGGACCAGAACAAACCCUGUCAGAAUAUAUUAAGAAGAUAGUCUAGACCCUAACUGCUUCUUAGUUUAAAGGUGUUAGAUGUUGCAUUCCAGAAGCAAUUCAAUUGGUCAAAAUACUCAACAUUAAGCAAAACACACUUUAUUCAAACACUAUAGUUAAAAUACAACAAAAGAGAAAAGACAUUGGAAUAACAACUUUAUUGGAAAACUUAACAGAAUAAUGGAUUAUUUAGCUACUAAACAGUAAUUAUCUCAAUAUAAUAACAUUACAUAAACACAUAAUUGGCAAAAGGAAAAUUCAAUAAAAUAGAUCGUCUCAGAGGCAAUUCUCCAGUCCAGGAGGAAAAAUAUCAAGAGAAAACUCUGAGAGAGAGAUUGGAGGGAGAGGUGUACCUGCAGCUUCCAAACCCAGCUUCAAGAUCUCAGCAACUGCUGCUACUGAGAAACUAAAACUAAAAAUCCUG